CUAAUUUGACCAAUAAGGUAAGGAGGUUUUAGUCAACCGACUCAGAUGAACGAGAGAGUCAUUCCACAGUCUUCAAUGGGGCGCAUCGUUCAUCGCAUUCCUCAUUCCUUUACAUAAUUGUAUAGCUAAAGAAGACACCGAAUGGCAUGCUGCUUGCGCAGAUAGCCUAGGCUACAGCAUAACACUUUUCCUGGAACGGAGUUUGCCUUUCUGAACGGUAAAACGACGACGGAACUGUUCUUUCUACUUCAUCUUGUUUGUGCGGCAAAGCAAUGGAACGCAGAAGUUGAAUAAUUCAGUUUUGUGAAGCCUCUACUGCUGUGAAGAUAAGUGGAGAGUGCCUGUGAAUUUGUAUUGUAACAGUGUAUCAAACUUCGGGGAAAAAUUGAAAUCUAACAAAUUGCAGGUGAUGUGCGGUUUUCACACGGUAUCACUGCAUUGCACAUUAUUUGGUGAACCUCGUUCAUUCCCCACUGGCGCGUACUGAAUGCGAGGGAAUGGAUUUGGAUUAGUUCUUUUUGACACAGAUUUAAUGGAGAUACUGCUACACAAAUCCAUAUGUUGAAGUCUUACAUUUAUUCGGAUCAGUCUACUUCGAAAUGGCAAGUUUUGCCGGGUUUAUAAAGUGGACUGGGAGAUCAACUUUGUAUUUAUGCUGUGCGUUUGCCCUGUUCGGCUGUCUUUGCAUCGCGUCCCCUACUCAUGGUCGUCGGCUCAUCUGUUGGCAAGCCAUUAUGAAGUGUCAUGGAGAGCCGGAGUGCCACUACGCAUAUGACCAAUAUCUUUACGCCUGUGCGCCCGUUAUCAACGGGGAUAGGAAGAAGUGUCCCAGCCACUGCAUCUCGUCCCUUAUCCAGCUGAAUCUAACUGAGACCGGUCCGUCUCUAGAGGACUGUGACUGCGCCUCGGACCCCGUCUGUCGGAGCACCAAACGCGCCAUAGAGCCAUGCCUGCCUCGGACCAGCAACAUGGGCUGCACCGAAGCCCGGCGGCAGUGCGAGAGAGAUUACCAAUGUAGCUCGGCAAUGCGUGACUAUUUGUUUCACUGCCGUAAACUUUUCGGAGGCGAGAGAUGUUCGGACGAUUGCAGGAGGGUGAUAGCCAACAUGCGCAAUAUACCCAAAGCACAACAACUUGAUACUUGUGUUUGUGAUGGCACGGAGAGGACGAUAUGCGAGUACGUCAAAGUUAGUAUGAAAAACUUUUGCUUUGACUCAAUGGACAGAUACGCAGGCAGCGGGUUUUCUGAUUCGGACUCUGAAGAUGAUUAUGAUGAUAUGGAGGAUUAUGUCUAUGUGGAAAACGCUAGUGGUUCACCUAGAUCCGCCUGUCGGGGUGUAUGGACUUCCACUGUGGCCACCAUUUUGGUUCUAAUGCAUCUUAUCUGAUAGGGCAGUCUAACCAAGUUGAUUCAGCUGUUGGGGAAGUUGUUAGAGAAAUAGAGAGGCCUGUGAAAAGUUGACACAGACAGACAGAAUAGCUCAUGAAAGUGUUGUAACACCAGCACACCUGCUUUAGCAUAUACUUUGUGUGUUUGGAAGAUUUUAUGGCCUUUGCUCAGCUAUCUUCAUAAUGGGGCUUCUCAACAUUCUGUCUGGUCUCAGUCUCUGUGCUGAUAGGCUAUGGGUCAUCUUGCUCACAAAUGUUUAUAUUUAAAAUGUAUACAUUUUUAUGUGAAUCUCAAAAGUUUAUAGAUUCGUUUCCAGACAAGCUGUGCACCUCUAAAAUAUGUAAUUGUUUUAACCAACCCUUGAAGAAUGUUAUAGGCCUACUAUAAGCUUCUCAUUACCUUGUGUCUCACAAAAUAGCCCAAAAAGUUUGACACACAAUUUUCUUUAAUGUGGAUAGCCAAGUGACUUGUAAGUGUACGCAUGUAUAAUGCUGUUUCAAGACAAUAGUGAAAACAACAGUAUAAAACAUGUUCUUGGUCACUUGGCUAUAAUGGGGACAGACUAAUCAAGUUUUCUUUCAUUAUGAGCUAGACAAUAGACAUAGGCCUACAUUUCAUUAAGAUGUCAUUUAAGCUCUAGUCAGUUGGUAAUCAUCUAAGUGACAGAUGUAAAACGCAUGCACCUGACCACAGUUUGAUUGGUUAAUCAAUAUUAUUAGCCUUAAUCAUGUCCCAGACAUUUCCAUAAGCUCAGUAUCAAUUUCAAGUUAAAGAAUAAGUUAAGGGAGAUUAUUUUUAUAUGUCAAAAUGUGUGAAGUUAAAUUGUACAGUAUAUUGUAUGAUAUGGAUUUUUUUUCCAGAGUUAUUUGUUUAUUACUGCUAAGAAGAUUUUUGCACUGUAUAGAAAUGUCAUGAAAUGCUUCACUGUGUCUACGUUGUAUUUUAGAGAAAAUAUAAAUGUUCUUGCUUAAA